CAAAAUCACUUUUUAUCACCACAUAAUCAAAAGAUGCACAAAAUGUGUAGUUACAAACUACUAGAAGUAAUUCAGUCUCUUAUCCACAUGCUUACAUCUGAGAAAUGAGGAGUGUCCAAGUUUCCAACCAAGCAAAUGAUUUUAUGCUAUUGAAACACUUCUUCACCCUUCUUAGCAUAUUCAGCUCCUCUUGAAAUUUGAACUACAAAAAAAUAAAACUCAAAACACACACAUGCCAGUAUUAGUCAAAUUUUCACUUUACUUUCAUGUAGCCAUGUUUCUAAUUUUAAGCCAUGCAAGUAAUUGCAAGUCUCAAUAUCAUUUUCAUGUCGAAGAACAUUUAAUCUUAUUGAAGAUAAAGUUCCACCUACAAAAUCCAUCUUUUCUUACUCAUUGGAACACAUCAAACACCUCUUACUGUUCUUGGCCAGAGAUAACUUGCACAAGUGGUUCUGUCACAGGGUUGACUUUAGUCAACUCCAACAUAACACAAACUAUACCCUUUUUCCUAUGUGACCUUAAAAACCUCACACAUGUUGAUUUCCACAAGAAUUUCAUUCCUGGUGAGUUUCCAAAAAAUUUAUACACGUGUUCCAAGUUGAAGUAUCUUGACUUGUCAAUGAACAACUUGGUUGGUGAAAUUCCUUAUGAUAUUCAUAGUUUGGUUAAUUUGCAAUAUCUCAACCUUGGUGCAACUAAUUUUAGUGGUGACAUUCCUUCUAGUAUUGGAAGGAUGAAAGAAUUGAGAUUUAUUGCACUUCAAUAUUGUUUGUUCAAUGGAACCUUCCCUUAUGAGAUUGGAAACUUGUUGAAUCUUGAAACAUUGGAUUUGUCAUCAAACAACAUGUUUUUGCCUUCUAAGUUGCCAAUGAAUUUGACCAAGUUGAAAAAAUUGAAGGUUUUUCAUAUGUUUGGUUCAAAUUUGGUAGGUGAAAUACCUGAAGAUAUUGGAGAAAUGGUUGCAUUGGAGAAUUUGGAUAUAUCAGAAAAUAAUUUAACUGGAAAUAUUCCAAGUGGUUUGUUUAUGCUAAAGAAUCUUAGCAUAGUAUACCUUGAUAGAAAUAGUUUCCAUGGUGAGAUACCAAGUUUUGUUGAAGCAAUGAAUUUGAUAGAAAUUGAUCUUGCUGAGAAUAAUCUUACAGGAAAAAUACCAAAUGAUUUUAGUAAGCUGAAAAAGUUAACAUGGUUAGAUUUGUUCAUGAACAAUUUGUCAGGCGAGAUUCCACAAAGCAUAGGAAAUCUUCCAUCUCUAAUAGGUUUUAGUGUCUUCAAGAACAAACUUUCAGGUACACUUCCUAAUGAUUUUGGUCUUUACUCAAAGCUUGAAUAUUUUCAUAUUGCAACCAACAGUUUUAAUGGAAGGUUACCUGAUAAUUUGUGUUAUCAUGGUAAGUUACAUAGUUUAAAUGUUUAUGAAAAUCACUUAAGUGGUGAGUUGCCAAAAUCACUUGGAAAUUGUAGUAGCCUUGUGGAGCUGAAAAUUUACAAAAAUGAGUUUUAUGGUAAAAUUCCUAGUGGUCUUUGGAGUACUAAUAAUUUGCUUACUUUCAUGAUAAGUCACAAUAAGUUCAGUGGUGAGCUUCCUCAAAAUUUGUCUUCAAAUGUUUCACUUUUUGACAUAAGUUACAAUCAGUUUUAUGGUAAAAUUCCAAAUGGAGUUUCUUCAUGGACUAAUGUUGUUGAGUUUAUAGCUAGCAAAAAUUUUCUUAAUGGAAGUGUUCCUCAAGAGCUAACAAAUCUUUUUAAGCUAGAAAGUUUGUUGCUUGAUCAAAAUCAGCUCAAAGGGUCACUUCCAUUUGAUGUAAUAUCAUGGCAGUCCUUAGUGACUCUAAAUUUGAGCCAAAACCAACUUUUUGGAGAAAUUCCAAAUUCAAUUGGUCAUUUACCUUCCCUUAGUGUUCUUGAUUUGUCACAAAAUCAAUUCUCUGGCCAAAUACCUUCUAUACCUCCUAGAAUCACCAAUCUUAAUCUAUCUUCCAAUAAUUUGACAGGUAGAGUUCCUAGUGAAUUUGAAAAUUCAGCUUUUGAUAGAAGCUUUUUGAACAAUUCUGGUUUAUGUGCUUAUACAAAAGAACUUAGUCUCACCCUUUGCAAUUUUGGCCUUGAAAAGCCAACAAAAACCUCACCUUGGUCUGUUGGUUUGAUCAUUGGCCUAAUUGUGGUAGCUUUCUUGUUGGCUUGGUUAGCAUCAUUCAUGAUUAUCAAACUUUUGACAAAAAGAAAACAAGCAUUGGACAAUUCAUGGAAGCUCAUUUCAUUUCAAAAGCUGAACUUCACAGUAUCAAACAUAGUGUCCUCAUUGACAGAACAAAAUAUCAUUGGCAGUGGUGGAUUUGGAACCGUAUACCAAGUUCUGGUUGAUGGUUCAAGCAAUGUUGCUGUGAAAAAAAUGAUGAGUAACAGAAAAAUAAGGCAAAAGCUUGAAAGUUCAUUUCAUGCAGAAGUUAAAAUAUUGAGCAGCAUUCGACAUCGAAACAUUGUGAAGUUGUUGUGUUGUAUCUCAAAUGAUGAUUCAAUGAUGCUUGUGUAUGACUAUUUGGAAAACAGUAGCCUAGACAAGUGGCUGCACAACAAGAAUAAGUCAUCAGUUAUGUCGGGUUCGGCUCGUCCACAUGUUGUCCUUGAUUGGCCUAAGAGAUUGAAAAUAGCCAUUGGUGUUGCUCAUGGUUUGUGCUAUAUGCAUCAUGAUUGCUCGCCUCCGAUUGUUCAUCGCGAUAUAAAAACAAGCAACAUUCUUUUGGAUUCUGAGUUCAAUGCAAAAGUUGCUGAUUUUGGUUUGGCUAAGUUGUUGAUGAAGCCAGGACAAUUUAACACCAUGUCAGCUGUUAUUGGAUCAUUUGGUUAUAUGGCUCCAGAAUAUGUUCAAACAACUAGAGUCAAUGAAAAAAUCGAUGUGUUUAGCUUUGGUGUUAUCCUAUUGGAACUAACAACUGGUAAAGAAGCUACUUAUGGUGAUGAACACUCAUCACUUGUAGAAUGGUCAUGGAGCCAUGUUCAUGAAGGAAGCAAUAUAGAAGAGCUUUUAGACAAAGAUUUUGUGGAACCAAGUUACUUGGAUGAAAUGUGCAACAUUUUCAAACUUGGUAUAAUGUGUACUACUACACUUCCUUCUAGUAGACCUUCCAUGAAAGAGGUGGUACACACAUUGCUUAGAUGUGAAGGAGGGCUUGUGUUUGGACAAAGAAAUGUUGAGGAAUAUGAUGUUGUUCCCUUUCUUAAGAAUUCAAAAAGGGAUAGUAGGUUGAAUAUUGUUGAUAGUGAUACUGAUUAAGAAACUAGUGGGACUUGUCCAAUGUUUUUUUGGUUAGUGUAUUAUUGGUGUAAAGUAUUCAUCAGUCAGCAAAGUCUUUCCUUUUAAUCAUGUUUUUUCAUUUACCUUUAUUGGUUGUGGUUGUCACGUUUGUUUGUAUAUCUCAAAUUUCAAUACUCCUUUUCAAUUUUAUUUUAUAUAAUAUAAAAGUAA